AUUUUAAAAAUUGUAUCUGACUGGAUUUAUUAUUACCAUUAUUAUCAUUAUUACAUACUAAAAUUAAUUUUGUUGUCUGAAGCUCUGUGACGGCUAGUGGCUUAUCUACGUCACAUUGAAGACAUUUAAUUAUCGGUGUGCGAACGAGACCCGACAACCAACAGAUUUAAAUAUUUUUUAGUAAAUAAUAUUCCGCCAAUCCGGUCGUUAAUGUUCGACCAAUGUUAAUUAUCCACACGGUACAUUAUUCUAAUACCUACUCUCGUUCGUAGCAACCGACUAACUAAAAUCGAGAAAAAUGUGUAUGAGAGAGAGAGUAUAAACAAUAAACUAAUAAUUGUAAUUUUAAAUAAAAUAAAAAAUUGUACAAAUUUAUUGAACUUUGUUCGCUUAUUCAAGUGUUGAUCGGGUGCACUAUCGCAUGAAUUUCAUUGUAACAUUGUAUUAUUGUAAUAGCUAACAUAAUUUUCUUACUAAUAUUUAAUGAGUUACCAUGACAACAUUGGCAACCCAUACCAUGAACACUGACGACCAACGGAUAAUCUUAUUAGAAGCGUCUGAUUUGGAUGAUGAAAUGGAAUUUAAAAAUACUGAAAAUGAAAUAAAAACACCAGAUUCAAAUUAUUUACUCGAUAAAAGUGAAUGCCAAAUCAAAGAAUCUAAAGUAUCACGGAUUCUUAUCUUUACAACGAUAACUAUUAGCUUAGGAUGUUCAAUUCCUACCGGUUAUAACACCGGAGUAGUCAAUGCACCUGCGUUGGUUAUGAAACAAUGGUGUAAUGAAACGAUCGUGAACCGUUAUGGUGUACACUUUACUCCUACUCAGCUCGAUGGCCUAUGGUCGAUACUGGUUUCCAUAUUUUUGUUGGGAGGUAUUGCUGGUGGUAUAGCUGGUGGGAAACUGGCUGAUAUAUUGGGAAGGAAAGGGACUUUGAAACUUAUAUACCUGAUUUACUUAGUGUCUGGCGUCCUAUUUAUUAGUUGUAAAACAUUAGCCAUGGUAGAAUUAUUUUUUAUUGCUCGUUUAUUAUCUGGUCUAUCGGCUGGACUCACGAUGACAACGGUACCAAUGUAUUUAUUAGAGUUGUCUCCUUCAGAUAAGAAAGGUAUUUUUGGUGUCAUGUUUACAGUUGGUCUGAACUUUGGUUUGUUAUUUUCACAGCUCUUAGGCUUGGAAAGUAUUUUGGGAAGUGAAUCAUUGUGGCCAUUCUUAUUCAGUUUUUAUGCUAGUCUAGUAUUGUUGGUAUUUCCUACCUUGUCGUUUAUUCCUGAAAGCCCUAAGUACUUGUAUACUAUACGCAAUGAACGCAGCAAAGCAUUAUCUGAAUUAAGUCGGUUGAGAGGUAAGCCAAUAUCUGACGUAAGUUGGGAAUUAGAAGAUUUAUUCGCUUCCCCUGAAGUAUGGACAUUAAAAAGAAUAUUACUUGAGCCUGCAAGCUUUAAAGCCCUAAUUAUUACGUGCACGUUAAUGUUGGGACAACAACUAUCUGGAAUUAACGUUGUGUUUUAUUAUUCCACGGAAAUAUUAAUAAAAUCUGGAUUAAGUGUGUACUGGGCGCAGUAUGCAAACUUAGGCGCAGGAUCUGUAGGUUUCAUUGUCACAGUGAUGUCGGCUCUGUUUAUCGAUAGGUUUGGACGUAAAUCAUUAUUGUUAUUCAGUGUCACUGUUUCUGUGGUCAUGCUAUCGGCGAUAUUGACUUCAAUAGUUGUACUGACUCAUAAUUCGAUAACUUGGGUAUCCUAUUUGUUGAUAAUAUUCAUUUUUGGUUACGUUUUGUUUUACGGAUUUGGAUUAGGACCCAUACCAUUCUUUAUUGGAUCAGAAUUAACAGAUGUUGGACCGAGACCUAUUAUAAUGUCUGCUAUGGCUGUUUCUAAUUGGACUGGAAAUUUUUUGGUUGGACUAACAUUUCCUUUCAUAAACAACAUGAUCAAAGAAUAUUCUUUUUCUCCGUUCGUGAUGUUCACCAUACUUUUAAUUGUAUUUAUUUGGAAAGUGGUUCCAGAAACCAAAAUAUCUUCCAGUGGACUAAGAUCAAACAACGUAUAACAGCCAGGCUGGAAUUGAUUUCAGCUUUAAUACAAAAUAAGUUUCACUAUGAUGGUAAUAUAAAAAAUUCGUAUACUAUUACCACUGAUUAUAGAAUAAACUAUUAUAUUAUCAAUGAUAUUACUCAA